GUACGCUAGCUAGUUAGCAUAAUUAGCUAAAGCGUCUUGCAUUUCAGUAGCCAUAACUACUUUGUUUACGUCAACCAGGCGGGUUGACGUAAUCAUCAUCUACAGCAGAGACCAAUAUGAACUUGCUUUAAAUAAGAAAUAGCAACUGUUUUACAAAACAAUGUAUAGCAAGUCGUAUCAGCUGCUUCCUCAGAGGGACUCCACAGGUCCGAGGGCUCCUGGCUUGUUUGUGGACACCGGUGGAUUUCCACAGCCCAGCCACCACAGAGGACUUUCAUUUGACAACAUGCCCGAUGUUUCUGAAAACAACUUCACUGAUACCACCCAAGGAUGGCUGUCCUGGAUUUGCAACCUUAUCGUCAUCUUCCUCGUCUACAUCUGUACCUUUAUAAUAUUUCCUAUAUCAGGGUGGUUUGUACUGAAAACGGUGCCAAACUACCAGAGGAUAGUAGUGUUUCGUCUGGGUCGAGUGUGUCCACCAAAGGGCCCUGGUAUUGUCCUCGUGCUACCCCUUAUUGACCAGUGGCAGAGAGUUGAUCUACGCACCCGUGCUUUCAACAUCCCUCCUUGCCAGGUGACUACUCGGGAUGGCGGCGUGUUGUCAGUUGGAGCAGACAUUCAGUUCAGGAUCUGGAACCCUGUCAUGUCAGUAGUAUCAGUCCAGGACCUGAACGCCUCAACCAGGAUGACUGCACAGAAUGCUUUGACCCACAGCCUGGUCAAGAAGACUGUCAGAGAAAUCCAAACCGAGAGAGUUAAACUGGGAGAAUAUCUCGGGAUGGACAUUAAUGAGUUGACUCGGCACUGGGGGCUGGAGGUGGACAGGGUAGAGCUCACCCUGGGUUCAUUACUUAAAGCACCAGAUGAAGGCCCUUCUGGACCCCUCAUCAUGCCUCCCUCUGUGCCUGGACUGGAAGGUCUUACUGGCCCCAUUCAGCAGUUGGCCAUGCACUUUCUGGGCCACAGUAGCAGUUCACAGCAUCAACGAGAGGACAAGAUAACCUUUACAGAUGAGCUCAGCAGUAGCCCUCAGGCAUUUGUGGCCACACCAGGUUCUGUUGAAGAGCUGCUUGGUGGGGUCAAGCUCCUGCUCUCUGAAAAUUUGGUCCGCCAGGUUGGGGCCUGCUUCCAGUUUGAAUUAACCUCAGAAGAUGGACAACAGCACAGUUACUACGUGGAUUUGAGCCAAGGUAGUGGUGCAGCUGGGGCAGGGUCCUUGUGCAGAGAGCCAGAUGUGACACUGAGCAUGAGUGACAGCGACCUUCUGGCCAUGUUCCAGGGCGAGCUACGACCAUUUGCUGCUUACACCAGCGGCAGACUUAAAAUCCAGGGAGAUAUUAAGACUGCUAUGAGGCUGGAGGAACUCAUAAAGCUACUUAAAAAGUAGUGAUCACAGUAACAUUUGUAUAGCUAUUUAUUAAAUCCUUGAUUUUAACUGUAAGUAAAUGGUGUUCAUGUAUGCUCUGAUAACAUUUCUUAUAAACUGAAUUUCUG